AUGGCUGCCAGUUCAAUAUACAGCGAUUUGAACACCUCUCGACAGGAAAUCAGGCUGCUCGAAAUCAUUGCUACUGAUCCAAGCAUCGUCUGCAGAACGAGAGUCGUCUCACUCCUGGAAUCCCCUACCUUUGUUGCGCUUUCCUACCAAUGGGGUAAUCCAGCGAUGACCGAAGAGAUCACCGUCAACGACACAACACUGUUCGUUACCAAGAGCCUUGCAGACGCCCUCAAAUAUGUACCAAUGCAUUGGCAAGAAAUGGAGAAGAGGUCGGAAGGCAGUAUCAGGCUUCUUCUCUUAUGGGCAGAUGCAAUCUGCAUAAAUCAACAAGAUAUUGAAGAAAAAAAUCACCAAGUCCCUCUAAUGAAGAAAAUUUAUUCGUCAGCAGAGCACACUUUUUGCUCAUUGAUGUCGGAGAAAUCAUCAUUGAUUGAAACAGCGAUCGAUACUAUCAACACAAUAUGUGUUGGCGCACUCGAGAGUGGAUUCAAAAAAGAUAUAGAACAUCAAGAUGUGAAGAUAGAUUGGAUGCUCAAUGACCUGGAGUUAUUUGGGACCGACUCUAAAUAUGCACUUUUUCCAAAACGAAACGACGAUUCGGGUUUAGACGAGUGGAGCGUUUGUAAUGGCAACAAAGCUCGAACAGCCUUGCGAGAGUUCAUGGAUCUUCAAUACUGGAGUCGUGCCUGGAUAUACCAAGAGCUUGUACUUUCAAAAGACCUAGUCUUCUUUCAUACAUCUGAGCGUACUUUCCUGUACGUACUCUACUUCGUAGCUCUCUGGGCAGGGUUCCUAAAGACGCAAACUAGACCACGAGAUAUCGACAGCUAUCUAUGGAAGACUAUCAUAUAUCUUUCUUCCUUCAACCCCUUAAAGAGGAUCGAACAAUCCCGAUCAUUGAAUAUCAGAAAGCAGACUUUAACCCCUCAGAAUAGAGAUUUAUAUCUUGCACUGUUACGAUCGCAAGACUUAAUAGGCGCCACAUUAAAAGCGACAAACCCAAAGGACCACGUCUAUGCCUUACAGGGACUUACAGGUUCAGAUAUCAUACCAGAUUAUAGUUCUAAUACAUCUGUCGCUGACGUAUAUAUCGAAUUUUGCGUCAAACACGUUGAAGCUAUACGACCUUUUAAUCUUCCGCUUUUGUACUUCCUUCGCUGCGCUGGUUAUGCGAAUAAAGCUCCGGAAGGCCCUGAGCUGCCUUCCUGGGUACCGAAUUUUCCCGGUUGUUCUACCAAUGGAAAUGCAUAUCAGCCUUCCUAUCUGGUUUCCUCAACUGAGAAGCGCAAUAUGCACCGAAGUAAUUUUAACAAUAGGGCGAAUGACAUUUCAAUCUGCAAACAAAGCCUGUUUGCUCCUGCACUAGUCAUUGCAACGCUCGAUGAUACGAGUGAUGUCCUCGGAGAUGCCGAGUCAUUGCCAGAAUUUGCAUCUUCCGUUUCCGAAUUGUUAAACUAUAAGCAGGCGUUCGGUGACCGACAUCCUUUUCUUAAACUCACAAGUGCGCUCUGGGGUAGAAUUAUUGAAGAAGAAGUCUGGGAAUCUCCCGAGGUUGUUCGGGUAAUCCGAAUCUUACAAACACUUUUUCCAGAUCGUGACAAAAUGUUUAGUCUCGAUGUUUUGGACCGUGUUCAUCUUGGGUGGAAAUGGCUGGUGGAGUUGACUUGUUUCGAUCGUGACUUAGUUCAUACUAUUUUGGAUUUAUUGGCCGAGGAUACCGAGGCCAUAGAAAAGCUCGAGCAUCCGUAUCCAAGUGUCAUACAGUUUAUCCGGAAACUACUGGAUCAUCGAAAGACGGGCCCGGGAAGUUAUUGGGAUGACUAUCAUUCUAUGAGUGAUGACCUGCAUACCUUGGGAAAAUCGGGCGAUAUCCGGGUUGCACGCACUGCAAGUGAGACCUCCAUCGAGUUUAGCAUCGUUCCGACUGCGGCAUUGAAGGGUGAUAUUAUAGUCUUUCUUGCGGGAAGUGAGGUACUUCACUUGGUUCGAAGGGUGGAAGACCACUAUGUCUACAUUGGCGAAGCUGGAGAUAUCGAAGCAUUGGUAACUCCGAUGCUAAAUAAGGUCAGCGCUGGUGAGGAGGAAUUUCAAAUUAUAGAAAUUCGAUAG